GACCUUCUCUGAAGCGAUAUCACCGAAGAGUUGGCAGCUGAUCCUAGAUAGAAAUAAGGUCUAUCUAGUCUAUAUGGGCUCUUCCGCGGCUUGUUCGUUUGUGUGUUUCGGAUUUUGCAAGGCAUCUCUCCGAGACUUGCCUGGAGUAGUUCACUUGCUUUUAUAGUGCUGUACCCAUACUUGUCUUCUUCGCCAGUGCCUGGUGCUGUAGCUGGUGACUUUACUAGACUAGAUAUAAGUCAUGCAUCCAAGACAAGUAAUAGGAAGAUAGCUUAGGUUUCGGGAAGCAAUAAGGUUCGUAAUCCUUCACCCAUUCUAAUCAAAUGAUCCAUAUCGUUUAUUUCAGUGUCUAUCGUAUAGUAAUUGUGAAUGAGAGCAUUCGGUGGAUUGCGAUGUGAGAUGUGGAUAUCCGCACUAUUCCCACCACCACCACCUCCUACUCGACUUCUUACGAAAGUUUCUCGCCCUUGCCGCAGAAGAGCAAAGGUUUCUUUUGUUUUCUGGACUUUUCUUAACCAUCCUCAAGACAAGCUGAAACCACUCUGUGGUCGGUUACUGGGACCUCACAACCGGGUCCCUUCUCGUUCCGCCCUUCUCGGUCGAAGUCUACAUCCUCCUUUUCUGAGCUCGACCCCCAUUGCACUGAGACUUUUUUUUGUUCCCAAUCGAAAUGGAGAUGUUAGGAGACAACGACGUUGAGGCAUUGGUUCCCCUGUUCGCCCAAGUAUUCAAAAAACCCCCGUAAUAGCCGCUCUGUCGCCAGCGGGGGAAGUUUCACCAGAGAAAGUUCUCACAACCACCUUGGGGCAUCCUUAGCCCCAAGUUCCAGAAUAAGACGAUCAAGCAAGCGUAGCGAGAAAGUAGGACGUGUGUCACUUCUGAAAACGAAUUUCCUUGCUGUUUUAAUGCUUUAAAAACAAACGAUGUAAGCCUAGAUACCCCUAUCUCCGCAAGAGGCUACUUAGUUCCUUAACAGUCAGGGAAAUGGUCAUGGAAUUGAUUUUUCUUGUUUUGUUCUAGUAGCCGGUUUUGUUCUCUAAUCAGACGAGGUUUCAACCGCAGUUGCAUCGAUCACUUGACCUUAUUUCAAAUUGGUAUCCGUAGGCGAAACAUCUCAAGAAUGCCACCCAAAAGCCAGCUUUCCAACCCUAACCUAAUUCACUUCUGUAGAAGAAUGGGACAUGCCAGGUCAUUCAUAAUCAUACUUUCUUGGUGCUGGAACGGGGUAAAGUGCUUCCCUAUAUUCGGGCAGCCCCAGAGGUAUUCUAUUGAUAUUCACGCAGGGACAGUACUCAAAAGGUAGAGAUCGAGCUGACAGAGCUGCUUGCUGGGUUAUUCCCCGGCGGCUCCUGCAUCUGCAACUUUAGGGGAUCCUUCACUCUUCUUGCUUCUUCCCGCCAGGGGUAGGGUUCUAGGGAAUACUUGUUUGCUUUGUUGGCCACUUGCCUCGCCGUCAGUAAACUCAUAACUUGAAGGGCCCUGUCCUCUUUCUCCCUAUUUGCAGGUAGUUUGGGAAGUGUUACGUGCACCUUAGUAGAAGAGGAAACGGCAGAUCUCAUCGCAGAUGGCAGAUCUGUUCCCCUGGCUUGGCGGUCUAGUUGAUCCAUUUCCCAAAUGUCCUCCCUACCUUUCAAUGGAAGAAGCCAACCCUAUCAAUUCCUUAUUAAAUAAUACCGGCUUUAAGAAGAGGGAAAGAGAACUCCUAAAUGCAGCCGUGAUCUUAUAUACGAUACCACCAGACGCACCACCUUGUUCCAUCCGCCAAUCAAGGAGGCUAGUGGAGCGAAGGGAGCCAAAAAAGGUGAGCGCCCCUACGCGAGCCUUAUGGAAAAGGCCCCUUACUAUAGAGAGGGCGUUAGCGCUUUACUAAUAACAUAGAAAGGGGCAAGCCAAAACCUACUCCUAACAAGUUGCUGAGUUCGGCUUUCGGGGCUAACCUACUUUGGGGCUUAUGUAAUAUAUAAAGAAGAGCCCUCUUAGGCCUUUUUGUUUAAGGGCUGCUCGCCUUUUGAAUAGAAGGAAGUGGGAUAGCGGAGGUGAUUUCGGUAAACCGAUGCAUGAGCGGAGGCUCCCAUGUCCCGCCGACCUAUUGAUAGAAAGAGGUCGUAAAACGGCUCAUAGGGGGUCAGAAGCAAGCAGAGUCAAGGGCGGGUCAAACUCACAUUCCAUUGAGACGGAAAGCGAGCAAGCGUACCAAUACAUAGUCAGUAAUAUGAUUCCAUUAUCACAAAAAGGGUGGGGGGAGACACAUUCAUGAAAAGCGAGAAGCCGUGCCGUGGGGGACUGACCAACUAUGAAUAGAUCUGACUUACGGGUAAGAGUAGGAACAUCUAUUAGUACGUAUCGUCGUGGGUCUACUUGUUACAGAACAUCCCCAUUCCAAAACAUUCACAUAGGUCCUCGGGCAGACAUCGAAAAGGGGACGAAAAGAGUAUAUUUACCUUUACAAUAUUCCGGAGGAAUGUAUCAUGGGCUCCAUCUAUUCAUCUUUUUCUUAAAAAAAGGAGUUCUGCAUCUCUCCGGGGCUGGCGGGGGAACAAAUAGGCGUGGGGAAGAGGGGGAGGGGGGCUACGAGCCCUCUCCCGUUGUUGUUCCCGGACCACCCAUCCCAUCCCUUCCUUCCCCUUCGCCCGGCCGGGUGAUGUCCGAUGAGAUCAUCUUUCUCGACCGAAGUGAAGUGAUAGGAAGAGAAGACUGCUGGCGGGAGAUCUCCAUUCGGGGAAAACGAAAGUGCGCUCCUGCGCACCAGCUGAAGAAAGGAGAGCUUUGGAAGCUUACCUUAUUCUGAUUUUUUAAAAGGAGAAAUGGGCAAGCUAAAACCUACUCCUAACAAGGCUGGAUCGAAGUAGGACCCCCGCCCGCCAGCAGCGUAGGCUCGUUGAGACCUUUAUACGCGAUGUGGCGAAAAAGACUGAUUCAACUGAUAUCUACGACCUUGCCUGCAUUAAGAUUUCAAACUUGUCGUCUACUUUCAGGAAAUGUUUGGAACAGAGAACUUACAAUAAUACAACGCCGCAUUCUCCGAAAAUUGAGGAACAAGAAGAGAUCUAUUAAGAGAAAGAUUUAUCCGAGAAAAAAUCUUAACAGUUACAGUAAAUCACAAACUACACGAAAGUUGCCCCUUUUUCAUGGGGAUUUACCCAUCACAGAGAUGCACAGAGGAACAGAACGAACUUCAUAUAUCCCUUUUCUACUCAAUCCAGAAACAAGAUUGGACGUUAUUCCGGUUCGUCUCCAUUUUCGUGAAACUAUUCCUCAAGCAAGGCAGCCGAUAAGUCAUCGAAGGGUUUGUGUGAAUAAUGGAAUGGUAAGCAUUACUCAUUUGAAAGUUUCCCACGGUGAUCUAAUCUCUUUUCAAGAAAAUGAUGUGAGAACCCGCAGUGAAGAAAUAAGGAGAUCUUUCUAUAUUGAAAUAUCAGUUGACAAAAUCAUAGGCAAAUUCCUGGAUCGCCCGGUAAGAAUGUGGAGAAGAACCAAAACAGAAUGGUUCCGCCUACUCAAAACUAAGAGGGGAUGCCGCCGACUACUAAAAUCCCGGUUUUUGCGACGGUUGCGUUCUUCUAUGCGAACCGAAGACUUAGAAAGAACAAAGAAGUUUGGAUCCGAAAAAGUAUGCUUCGGCAGUUCCUUCGCUGAGCACAACAGAAUGAAGAGGAAUUUGUAUCAUUUCAAAUCCCUAUUCUUAUCGAAGAGAAGGAACGAGAAAAAACUCAAUCUUCCUACUCGAACAAGAAGUCCUAUAGUUUACAACUCUUCUUUAUAUAGAAAUUCGACCUAUUGUUCCGCAUCCCCCUCUCGCUUUACUAGGAAAACCCCCCGCCGCUUUACCUUUACUAGGAAGAGCAAAAUAAAAAGGAUCGAACUACCUACUCAUUAUUCGGAGGUGAAUCAUAGAACACCAAAAGCUGUGGUAUCUUAUGGACCUAACAUAGGUCACAUCCCUCACAACAUAAGAUUGAAAGAUCCAAACCUUCCUCUUCGGAGCGGAAACGGACGUGGCCAAAACAUAUAAAGAUCGGCGUAGUCGAUCAUAGGGACAUAUCUAUCCGGAUAGAGGAUAGUCUAGAUCAAUUCAUAUAUAGAUCUCUCUCCAUAUGGGUAUCCAUCUAGAUCUUGAUUCACUAUUUCCAUUUCUUUUCUUGAUUCUGAUUGAUUGCUUUUUUUUGACGACAAGUUUGAAAUCUUAAUGCAGGCAAGGAAACAUCGUUUUUCAAUUCUGAUUAUGACUUGCUGGGGGGUCGGAGCGGAGCGUAGACGAGCGAGCAGAGCCCAGGAAACAGGGAAGCCCUUCAUAGAGCAGUCGACUAGAAGUAGAAGACUGCUGGCCUGAGAGAAGGCGGCCUCUCUCGGGAAACAUGGCCCAAUUUCUCUUCUUUCUUUUUGAUUUCGGGUU